GACCGGACCGUCACCCUGGUGAACCUGCUGCCCCACGUCAACUACACCAUCCGCGUGGCAGCUGUCAACGGUGUCUCGGGUGUCAGCCCGCUGUCGGGGCAGCAGUACGCAGAGGUCAACGUCUCCACUGGCCUCACAGCGCCGACUCCUGUCACCGGCAUCCGCACGGAUAAAGUUGAGCAGAAGAGCAUCUCCUUGUCGUGGCAGGAGCCGGGCUUCCCGACCACCAACAGCACUGAGUACGAGGUCAAGUACUAUGAGAAGGAUCAGAGAGAUCAGAGUUACUCAACUGUGAAAACCACAUCAACGGCUGUGACGGUCAAUAACCUGAACACCCUCUAUAUUUUCCAAAUCCGGACAUCUUCCUCACCCGACUACGGAAACUACAGCCCUAGUAUUGAAGUGGAGACGCUGGCAGAAUUCACGGUGGCCUCCAGCGAGCAGAACCCUGUCCUCAUCAUCGCGGUGGUGGCCAUUGCAGGGCUGACGGUGCUGGUGUCCAUGGUGAUCGGCGUGAUGGUCUGGAGGAGACAGUGUGGGUACAGCAAAGCCAGCCAGGACGGGGAUGAGGAGCUGUACUUCCACUUUAAAAUACCAACCAGGAGGACGUACAUCGACCCCGACACUUGCGAAGACCCUAUGCAGGCCGUGCACCUCUUUGCCAAAGAGCUGGAUAACGCUAGUAUUAAAAUUGAGAGGAUCAUCGGGACAGGAGAGUUCGGAGAAGUCUGCCGGGGAUGCCUGAAGCUGCCCAGCAAGCGAGAGCUGCCGGUGGCAAUCCAGACCCUGCGGGCAGGGUGCUCGGAGAAGCAGCAGCGUUCCUUCCUGGCAGAGGCGUGCACCAUGGGCCAGUUCGAUCACACCAACGUCAUCCGCCUCGAGGGGGUCAUCACCAGAGGGAGUACCAUGAUGAUAGUGAUGGAGUACAUGGGGAACGGCAUGCUGGACUCCUUUCUCAGGAAACACGAGGGACAGUUUACAGCCACCCAGCUCGUUUGCAUGUUGCAGGGGAUUGCCUCUGGCAUGAAGUACCUGGCAGAGAUGGGUUACAUACAUAAAAGCCUUGCUGCCCACAAAGUCCUCGUGAACGGCAGCCUGGCUUGCAAAAUAACUGGUUUCAGGCGGCCUCCAGAAGAUAAGAUGGAGACCAUCUUCUCCACCAUGCGUGGGAAGAGCCUGGUGCUGUGGUCAGCCCCCGAAGCCAUCCAGUAUCACCACUUCAGCCCGGCCAGUGACGUCUGGAGCUUCGGCAUCGUCAUGUGGGAAGUCAUGUCCUACGGCGAGAGACCCUACUGGGACAUGUCCAACCAGGACGUGAUGAAGGCUGUGGAUGAUGGGUUCCGCCUGCCAGCCCCAGUGAACUGCCAGCCGCCCCUCCACCAGCUCAUGCUCGACUGCUGGCAGAAGGACCGCAGCCAGAGACCCAAGUUCUCGCACAUCCACAACAUCCUGAGCAAGAUGGUGCAGAGCCCGGAGCUCCCGAAGUGUCCCACCAACACAUGCACCAGCACAUCCAUCCCCCUCACUGAACGUACCUUCUCAGCCUUCCCAUCUUUCAGCUCCGUGGGCGAGUGGCUUGAAGCGAUAGAAAUGGGCAGGUACAAAGAUAGCUUCACCGCUGCGGGCUACUGCUACCUGGAAUCAGUGGCCAGGAUGACAGCCCAGGAUGUCCUCAGCCUGGGGAUCACGCUGGUGGAGCACCAGAAGACCAUCCUGAGCGGGAUCCAGACGCUCCGGGCCCAGGUGAUCCAGAUGCAUGGCCGAGGCGUGCAGGUGUGA